UUGAUUUACAUCGACGGCUUACAUCAGGACUAACUGGUGCAAUUAGUAGCCUGGCCUUUCUGCUGUGUAACCUCCCAUACUUUCUGAGCUCCUCCUUCAAAUUGAGUUUCCUCUUCGCUCCCUCUUAAAGCUCUCGCAUUAUGUCACUUCAUCCAAGUUCUUCAGAUGGAGAAAUAGUGGUGGUUACGGGUGCAGCAGGAUUUUUAGGCCUUAAAAUAGUGGAGCUGUUGAAUACGCGCGGUGUAAAUAUUCAGGAAAUUCGGGGACUUGAUAUUUGCCAUAGCGAGCCAUCUUUCUUCCUUCAGAAUGCUCAGGGAGGAAAACUGAGCUACAUGCGAGCGGACAUUUGCAAUUACGAAGAGGUCAGGGCAGUUCUGAGGAAUGCAAGUGUUGUCAUCCAUACAGCAGCAAUAGUAGAUGUAAAUCUUCCAUCAGGGACAGCAAUGAAUGCUGUUAAUGUGAAAGGGACAGAACAUGUCAUCAAGGCUUGUUUAGAGUGCAAUGUCGCUAGACUUGUAUACACAAGUACUGCAGAUGUUGCACUGGGUUGGUCAGAUAAUUACAAUUUGAAUGAGGCAACACCUCCUCCAGGCGAUAAAGUGUCUGAUUAUCUUUUUGGCCUGUAUGCAUUUACUAAAAUGCAAGCUGAGAAGAAAGUCCUGGAAGCUAAUGGAAGUCCUUUGGCAAAUGAUGCAGUUCUUGCGACUUGUUCAUUAAGAUCACUGGUUAUGUACGGGGAAGGAGAUCAAGCCUUUAUUCCUAGUGUGAUCAAUUCGGCAAAAAAUCAGUUUGGUUAUUUACCAAGAAUGGGAAAUGCAAGGGCCAAGUUUCACACUUGUUAUGUGGGUAACACUGCAUGGGCCCAUGUGCUUGCAGUUGAUGUAUUGCGGAAAAACCCAAAAUUGAUUGCUGGGAAGGCAUUCUUUAUUGGAGACAACACCCCUGAAUGUAACUUUUUUGACUUAGUAGAGCCUUAUUUGUCAGCUACUGGGUGUAAACUACUUAACAUAUCUAUUCCUUAUGUAAUUAUUUUCUUCAUUGCUGUUAUUUUGGAAUUCAUAACAUGGAUAUUACUUCCAGUUUGCAAGCUUUCUGUAGCAUUAAACAGGUGUUCUGUGUUUAGUGUGUGUAAGGGUUACACAGUUAGUUGGAAGCAGGCUCGGAAAGAGCUUGGCUAUCAACCAAUGUUUUCAUAUGAAGAAUCUAAGAGGAACACCAUUAGGUUUCUGGUAGAAAAAUUCAAUUUGAAGAAUUGACUUUGGAUGUCAUACAAUAUUUAGGGGUUUUUUAUUCAUACAAUGGGUAGUUAGUGCCAGCCCUGAGGCAUUAACAGCCUGGGUUAAAUUGAAAAGUAACACAAGUCAAAUUGAACCAGUGUCAGCACAGCUAAUUAGAAUUACUUUGUGUUAUAACAUCAUUGAGGUGGCAGGCAUACUAGAAUAAUAAUAAUAGUAAUAAACAUUGGUUCAUGUUAGAGGCCAUCUUGCAAAUGCUGGGAGAAUUUCCCGCCAAAAUUCUUCGCCUCGUUCUGGCCCUUUGGCACGGUGAUCUGGGUUACGAUAUGCACAUAUGCGUAUUGCGCGACAAGUUUUAUAUUUGCAACAAGUUUUAUAUCUUGUCAACAAGUCUUUUCCACAAUUUUUAUAUUUGCAACAAAUUUUAUAUAUUGCAUGACAAGUUUUAUAUGUGCAACGAGUUUAAUAUAUUUUCUGACAAGUUUUAUAUUUUUUUACACAUGUAUUAAAACUGCGUCAUAAGUUUUAUAUUUCGGAGCAAGUUUUAUACAGAAACUAAAAUGUUUUGAUAAGUGUUAUAAAUGGCAAGAAGUAUUUCUGAUACAAACGGCAUUCUUCUAGUUUUGCCAGUAAAUAGAGUUAUCGCCGAGCUCUCAAGUCUCACGCAUUGAGCGUGAGACUCACGCAAACGGAUUCAAUCCUAUGCUCUCUGCCCCCAGACCCCCCGUCACGAACGACGGCUAUGCCGUCGAAAAUCUCACUCUUUGGCUACUUUAUAGAACUGUUCUCUAUCGAUUCGAGGCGAUAAACUCAAAAUUUUACCGCGUCUUUUAGAGCUUCCUUAAAAGCUUCUUUUCUCCAUAAACGAUAUCUUGACCAGAGCUAUCACACUGUUCAAGACAGGUUCAAAACCAAUACACGCCACUUUAUAAAUUGUCAUGUCUGUUGCUCGUUUGUGUGAAAUAAACCUUUCGAGGAUAACAAGAGCUCUAAUUAACGGGAGCAAUCACUUCACUGUCUAGGAGCUUUACAUUGAAGAUGUGCAUGUAGACGAAUAUCGGCCUUUGACGAGGACUUCAUUUAAGCGCAGUCGGCAAGGGCCGAAAGAUUUAUUAAAUGGCACAACCCGUUUGCUUUCUAAAGUAGGUGUUAUGCUUUCCACAGGUUUGCCGACUGGUAUGUUUUUUAUAUUUUCUUGAAUCCCUGUUUACCGUGUUCUUGAUCACUGCAAAAAGCAAAGCUCGGACAAAAGAUGAAGCCAGUUCGUUUUAUAAGAAAUGCGAAAACAUUUGGCAGGAAAAUUUGCAUUGGAACAUGCAGUAUAUACGGGUUAUUGACCAAGUGUGAGGUCAAGAUGGCUGGAUAUUGGUCAAGUUCUAUUUUUGUGAGUUUAUG